GGUCAAUAAGAGAGGAAGGAAAAAAAAUCUGUCAAAGAUUGAUGAAUUUUGGGGAAGUGGGAAGAAAAAGUUCGAUACGUCAGGGGAAAUACGGAGGUUGAACAAGACAAAGAAUAGCGUAUCAAAUAAAACAUCAACAAAAAAUCAUCAAGCUAUACGAGGUAGUCAAAAUGAUGCUGAGAAAUCGUGUCUUCAAAUGAAAAGCGAUCCGAUUGCCGUAAAAACCUCUACCACCGAUAGUACUGGUAAUUCCAACAUAACCGACAAAUUACUACGGAUCCCAGGUGUCAUAGAACUCAUUGACAAUGAUGUCGCUGAUGGAUCUGAUGAUUGUGCGGGUGGGUUUAAAGCACCUUCGCCAACCGUGAAAAGGUAUACCGAUUUACCAAAAGUUGAUUUCCUUUCGGACGAUGAUACACCGGAACUCAAAGCCGAAGGUACAACCGAGCGAAAGUCCUGUCCAUACUGCGGUGAGACACUCCCAGUACCACUUCCACCAAGAAUAAGAGCUUACUUAUUAAAUGUCGACUCUUCAUCAAACCAGACACCAUCACCAUCAGUGCUCUUAAAUCGCUCAACAAGCGUUGUGGAGCAAUUUGAAUUUUGUCGUCUACACGAUGCGGAGUCUAAUAUUGUGCCAGGUGGAUUGCGAAAAAGUUAUCCUUUGACUAUAAAUUUUGAUGAAAUUCCCACACGCGUUCAAAAUAUGCUUCCCGAGUUAGAAGAUGUCGCGACCGGGAGAAAGACGAGUUUGUUCAGAGACGUGGCAAUGGAAGCAUACAACACACUAGGCAAAGCUAAGGCGAGAAAACCAACUAAAUCGUGCUUUAGCUAUUAUGCUGUUUUAGAACUUAUUGAUAAUCAAUCAAAUAGAACAUUACCUAAUAGUUGA